CAAGUCUUCAUUUUUGACUUCCAAUAAAAUUCUAAAAUAUCUACAGAUUCUCCAAUCACCUUAUAUCUCCUCCAAAUUCUGGCCCACAAGUAGGAAUUGGAUUAGGAAUUUCAGGUGUUUCAGUUAUUUAUUGCUUUGGACUGUGCAAAGCUGAGUUCUUGAAUCUUUAGGUUUGAUGAUUGACUCUAAUUCAUCUUGUUAUUGAAUUUUAUGCUAUUGGGGUUACCAAAGUUUCGAUCUUUAUAAUAUCUCUGCUGAUUCUUGAAUUGGGGAAUUAUGGGGUGUGUUUGUGGGAAGCCAUCUUCAGCAGUUGAAGAUAGUGAGUUUAGCCCUAAACAGAGGGAGUUGAAUAGGAAGGCUUCAGAGCUGCGUUUGGCUAGAGGGGUUUCUUCGAGAAGGAGUGAGAGCUUCUCAUUGAAGGAGGGUUUGGAGAAGGGUGAUGUUAGAGUUGGAUUGAUUGAGAAGAAGGUUUGUGGGUCUAGGAAGGUGAGGGAUGAUUGUUGUGAGAAGAGGGGAGGGGGCUGUGAUGAUCUUGGUGGCAAUUUCCCGGACUUCGGGAGCCUCCCGAGGGCGGUGGAAGGCGAGCAGGUCGCUGCUGGAUGGCCGUCUUGGCUGGUCGCGGUGGCCGGGGAGGCUAUCCGAGGCUGGGUUCCACGGAAAGCCUAUACCUUUGAGAAACUUGAUAAGAUUGGUCAAGGGACUUACAGUAGCGUGUACAAGGGUCGGGAUCUCCUGACUAACAAGUACGUGGCUCUGAAGAGAGUGCGUUUCGAUAAUAUGGACCCAGAGAGCGUAAAGUUUAUGGCGAGGGAGAUUCUCAUUUUGAGAAGGCUUGAUCACCCGAAUAUCAUCAAGCUGGAAGGGAUAAUCACAUCAAAAACAUCUUCGUGUUUAUAUCUCGUGUUUGAGUACAUGGAACAUGAUCUCACCGGGCUUGCUUCACUACCCGGUGUCAAGCUCACAGAGCCGCAGGUGAAGUGUUACAUGAAGCAGCUAUUGAGUGGACUAGACUAUUGUCAUAGGAACGGUGUCCUGCAUCGUGAUAUCAAGGGCUCGAAUCUCUUGAUUAACAAUCACGGGAUCUUGAAAAUAGCUGAUUUUGGGCUGGCGAGUUAUUUUGAUAGUCACAACAAGAUCCCUCUCACAAGCCGUGUCGUGACAUUGUGGUAUCGGCCGCCUGAGCUUUUGCUCGGAGCGACUCAGUAUGGAGCUUCUGUCGACUUGUGGAGCGCUGGCUGCAUUCUCGGGGAAUUGUAUGCUGGCAAGCCCAUCAUGCCGGGUAGAACAGAGGUUGAGCAGCUGCAUAAGAUCUUCAAGCUUUGUGGUUCGCCUUCCGAGGAUUAUUGGAGAAAAUCGAAGCUACCUCAUUCACCCGUCUUUAAGCCUAUUCAGCCCUACAAACGACGGAUAGCUGAUACCUUUAAGGAUCGUCAUGAUGCUUCCGUAAGGCUGAUUGAGAUCCUACUCUCGGUCGAUCCUUCAGAUCGAGGGACUGCAGCUAGUGCUCUCGAGAGUGAGUUCUUCAAAACAGCUCCCGUUCCCUGUGAUCCAGCAAGUUUGCCCAAGUAUCCUCCCAGCAAAGAGAUAGAUGCAAAGCUGAGAGAAGACGAAGCAAGAAGGAAAGGAGCUUCCGGAGCUAAGGGACAGAAGGGCGACUGCAAUUCUAAAAAAUCGAGAGAAUUCAGAACUGUGGCAGGGCAUGAUCCCAAAGCCGAGUUAGCUAAGUUAAUGCCGGUGAGGCAGAGCCACGCGGACUCAAACAGCCGUAGCGGAUUUUUGAACGUUCAAAAGGAAGAUGUCGUUUCCGGUUUUGCAAUGGAUCAAUCAGGGCGGGAACAAGUUCUAUCCGAAAGGAGCAGAGAUCGUCAGCAAAAGCCUCGGGAGAGAGUGAUUUCUAAUUCCGGUCCUCUUGUUUCCACCAGAAACGGUGCUCCACGAGCAGAGUGCCGAGACAGUUUAGCUUCUCAGCACGUCGAGGCUACAAAUCAGGCAGGCAGGUUCUCGCAGUCGUUUUGGGAAGCCGUGAGAAGGCACGACAAGAGACGACAGGAGGCUACGAACCAAGCUGAAUACGGAAGAAUCAACACGAAAGAAACCGUCUUGGACGGGCACGGCCAGAAGGAGAGAAAGAUCCAUUUCUCGGGCCCUCUCCUCGCUCCAUCGAACAACAUAGAGCAGGUGCUGAAAGAGCACGAUCGCCGGAUCCAAGAAGCUGCUCGGCGUUGGAGGCACGAGAAGACGAGGGGUGGUAGAGUUCGGCCUCAUGAGACGCAUCCGUCGUCGUACGUCCCGACUCGAAGUGCCGGCUAGCCCCGUGCCGUCGGGAUCUAUACAUGCGUAUAUAUUCAUACAUAUAGCAAGUGUUUCUUUCACAUGCGUAAAUUGUGUACAGAUUGUGAGGAUUGGUUUUUUUUUUUGUUGGAUUGAUCCAAUCUCUAAAUGAAGAGCAGUUGUUUAGAUUAUGUUUUGAAGUAGGAAGGGUACUUGUUCUUGAUGAGAUUGGGUUGUUCAAUUAGUGCUCAUAUUUUGUUAGAUGCUACUGUAUUUUUCUAUUCUAUAAAUGAUUUUACUCUAAAAUUAAUCA